GUCGCUGGCUCAACAUAUGUAUACCAUAUAAGUCAGUGGAUGACAAUCGCUCCUAGGCUCUCUAGGAGUCUCCACGAUAUGAAGUCAGCCGGAAUACUGUACGAUGCAAUGCACGGAAUUCUCAUGAUCUUGGUGGUAACACCAGCAUCAAUUGUGGGGGGAAGUCCUGCAAAGAAUGGAAUGGAACUUCAACAUCUAAAUGUGACCGGACACUAAAUAUGCAGCCAUGUCAUCCCGUGGUAUAAAGACAGUCAAUCCGAUCCUUCUUGGACAUAGCCUAGGUUCGCUGUUCUUGAUUACAGCAUGUCGGAUCCUCUCACUACAGUCAACUAUCGCAUUCAGAACCUCGACUACUUGUCGUAUAUCGAGUUUCCCGGAUUCACAACAAGUAUCCAGUUACGUCCCUUCAAGGCCAAUGAAUUGAAGCAGCAGUGGAAAUUUGUUGACGCAGGAAAUGGCGCUUUUUAUAUCCAGAGUAUCGUGGACGCUGACAAGUACCUUGGGUAUUCUGGCGGUUACCUUGCUGUCCUGCCCAAGGCAUCGGCUUGGACAUGGACUGUGUUUUUUGACGCUAAAUCAAGCUCAUACUCCAUAUAUUAUUCCUUAUCAUACGUCUUACAAGCCGAGAACACCUCCGUAGUUAGUCUGACUUCGAGAAAUGCGUAUGACAAUCAGCGGUGGAGCCUCAUCCCAGUCACUCCUGCGACGCCCAAUAGGCUUCCAUUGCCGACUGGCUAUUAUCGUGUUCGCACAUUCAAUGGGCUAAGCCUUAUGACCCUGCCAAAGGGUGUUGCAGCAGAAGAUUCUAGCGUGUUUGUGCAAUCUCAGGUAGCUUCGAAUGACGCAUAUCAAAGAUGGCUGGUGACACGUCAGCAAAACGGGUUGUACUUGGUCCAAAGCGCGGGUCCGGCAACCCCAACAUACCUCGGCUGUAACUCUGCCGAGUCUGCUGUAGGUGAUCACUUAGUUGGGAUCGCUACGCCCUUCGAAUGGGAUCUCCGUCAAAUCGGCCAAGGACUGGCAUGGUCAAUCAAUCUUCCUCAAUAUCCCUCAGCCUUGUCACUUGGUUUCGCUGAUUAUGAGGCUGAGAGUGGCGAUGAUAUUUCACUUGAACCUACAGACACUGCACCUAGUCAAAUCUGGUUCUUCGAAUCGUAUGUGCCACUCGGGAACGACACAGUCCAUGCCAAGCGCGAGGUUGAAGAAGGCAACUAUCAACUGCAAAGCUACAAUGACAGUACGACGUACAUGACUGUAUUGAGCAGCCCUUAUCGUAUCACACCUGGAACAUCCACUAGCACGAAGUUUGCACUCAAGUAUACCGAAGAUGCUGCCCAAUUCACUCUGUCGUAUGCAACAUCAAGCGGCGCAAUUCCUGUGGCCGACUGCGGUGGAUUUUUGGGCUUUGCAACUGAGGGAACUAAUUGGGUUCUCCUUCCCGGGCAAUUGAAAGUUGUUGGGUUUUAUAUAUGCAGACCCGAUGCUGGGAGCCCUCACAAGGUCGUCAGUGGCCGUAUCACCAGUGAUAUAAACCAGAACAAAGUCUUCUCAAUCGAUAACAUGGUUUCCGGCGCGGGCUUGCAGAUGUGGAAACUCAUCAAGGCGUAAUGGACUCAUGUCAAGAACGUCGGACUCGAAACCGAGUGUAUAAUAGCGACCCUCUCAAUUGUCGAAGAGAAAUCCAUGCUUGUAUACCUAGAUGUACGAAUACUAUCAGACACACUUCGUU